AUGCUGACGCGUCUCAGACAUAAAACCCCCGAAAAAUUAGCCCAACUGACUAGACGACUUAGUAAAAACACCAGAUUGUCAGAAACAUCAGACACAAAGAAAGAGGAUGAAGUGACCGAUGAGCAGGUAUCGAAAAUUCAUGAAAUACUUACUGAAACGACUAUGACUCUGGCUGAUAUGGAGCUACGUGGAAGAACACAGAGUUGUUAUGAGGGUAAUGACAGUCCGGCUGAAGAGGGUGAAAGUGAAGAUGAUAGGGAUGACGAUGAGGAAGAGGCGGAGGAACAGGAAGAUAGACUACCCUCGCCAAGUCCACGGAAACGCAAACAAGGCUUUAUAAUGAGUUCAACUCCUACUGGGUUUGUGAUGCCAACAGUAAGUCAUCAACUUCAUCUAUAUCCACAGACAGCUUCGCCCGUUUCCGAGGCUGGCGUUCACCUGGAUUUAGGGAUCGAGAGAAAGAGCUCAAACAAAAUAGAGGCCUCAUUUGACUAUAUUCUUGAUGAGACCGAUGAGAGCAAUUGUGUUUGGGCUUGUCACUGGCUGGAUAGGAAUGAAGAAGAGGAAGAACAGGGAGAACAAGGAGAACAAGAUGACAGAGUAGAAAAUAGACAUAUAAGUGAGGGGCAUAAAGAGGAACAAAGAGACGAUAAAUAUGAAGAUUCAGAAGAAGAAGAUGGAAAUGAGUUGGCAAAUGAAUCAGAUUCAGAAUCAUAUGUAAAACGCCGAAGCAAAAAGAUAUUAGUACAGAAAAAGAAUAAGAAAUUUGAAGUUGACGAGGAUGCAGUAAGUGUAUUCAACAUCAACAUUUGUGAUGAACACGAUGGCAUAGAUCAAAGUACUGGAGGAGACUCUUGUGAGGCUGGAUCCUCGAAGGAAUCUUCGUUUGGUAGCACAGGUGACACGUUUGAGACAGCCAUCCUAAUACUGGAUCUUCCCAUUGAGUCUAACGGAUCAGAGACCACUGCUAGCGUCCAGCUUUCAGAGCCCAACGUCUCCGAGCUAGUGGGAACUGCGGCUAAAAAACCAAGCUGUCCAUGCCGGCAGCAUCAGCAGGCUCAACUCUGGCGAAAACUGAUAAAGAAUGCCGAGAGUAGACAAAAUCAUGGAGACGAGGACAUUAGGGGAGAUGAGCAAAUACAGGAUGCGGAUCGAAUAAAUGCGUGCAAGUGCUGCUGGUGCCCGCGGGUCUGUGGUUUGGGGCUUGUAGCCAGCCAGACUCAAGUCUACCCCUGCUGCUGCAAUAGUUGUUGCUGCCUUUUCAUUCCUGAGUUAACGAGAUUAAGUAAGUUCCGUGGAGAAGUUGGUCGGAAGCCGGGGCUUGUCGAGCGUACAGAGAAACAGAGGGAGGAAGCUGAGGAGAGAGCACUAACCAAAAAGAGUUUAGUAGAGACAGAUAGGUUUGAAAAUCAUAACGUCUUCCUUCCGCGGACCCAUGAGAUAGAAGAACAGUCGGAGUGCAUAUUGAAAGGAUUUGGAGUGCGAUGUCAGGAUGGAUUAAAGCCACCGCCAAGAAGGCGUAAGACUGCAGGCUCACAUGGUGUUGAAGGGUUCUGUAGACAACAUUACAUUUAUCAGGUUCAGCAACUUCUUUGCCGCUACCUACAUCCGCAACAGCACAGAUCCAGUCAACAUAUUCAAAACCGGCCAAACUCUAACAUACAACGAGUCAAUGCGUAUGUGGCCAGAGGGAACACAGCGUGUCAAUUGGCGUUGCACGUUGGCUUGCAUCGUAAUUCUCUGCACACUUGGCUGCAGGCAAGUGACCAUAGGAAACCUUUAUGCCAGGUCUUUCAACAACUCGAUCUCCAGCAGCUUCAGAAACAGCCAAAUUUACGAGAACCAUACUCCUUGUUGCCCAAUCAAACACUGAAGGGAAUCAGUUUGCCAAUUACGCGUUGCCAACACAUUCGCAGCCCCAUUUAUCAUCAUUCCCACCAUUAUCCGCAUUACAACCAUCUUUACCCGAAUAAUCCCCACAAUCCUCACACCUGCAACAACCAUUACCACCAGAACCUGGUUCACUAUGCGCGCUUGUUAACCCGUCGUAUUGCUCUUCUCUCCAGCGUGCCCACCUUUCAGGCACUCACCGUGGAAACCCUGAGUAAGCUUGCCGAUGCCCUGGAGGAGAUGCACUUCAAGCCAAAUGAAUACAUCAUUCGCCAAGGAGCUCGAGGCGAUACCUUCUAUAUCAUCGCUAAUGGCCAGGUGAAAGUGACGCAAAAUGAGGCAGGCUCUGGCGAACUCGAAGGUCAGGCAGACGAAUCUUUCAGGCAAGGCAUCGGCACAGGUUCAGCUAAACGGGAGAAAUUUAUCCGUCUGAUGGAUCGUGGCGAAUGGUUUGGAGAGAAGGCGUUGAAUAAGUAA